CUUUUCUCAAGGGUUUUGAAACUUCUCUUCCCCCUCUCUGUUUUAUCUUCAUCGACAUCAGGGUUUUAGCCAACUUCUCCUUCUCUCGUAACUUCAAUGGAAUCCCUUGCUAAAGUACACAGCCGUCACCAACCCCUUUCUCUUUCUCUCAAUCACCACCAUCCAUCAUUCUCUAAACCCAUGUCCUCCCUCUCUUUCAGAACAAGCACCCCACCGUUCAAAUUCUCCUCCAUCAGAGCCUCAUCUUCCACCCAUCAAAACCAAAACCCUAAGCCUUCCCUCCUCCAAACCCUAAAUCCACUUGCCUCUUCUCUCGUCAAAACAGCUUCCAUCACUAUUGCUGCCGCCGCCGCAUUACUCUUAACGCGCCUCCACCACAUUAAGCCCGCAAUCGCGUCCCCAAUUGCGGCCCCCGCGGUGGGUUCCACUGCCGAGUCAUCGGAAAAGACCGAAGAUUAUUCGGUCGAAGAAAAAGAGAGAAAUAUUCAGCAGCACUUGAGUGAACACCCUGACGAUGUUGAAGCUCUUCGCUCGCUGAUGGAGCUUAAAUUGAAAUUGCGUAAGCUACCGGAGGCAAUUGAAGUUAUUGACCGUUUGAUCGAGCUCGAACCGGAUGAAUUUGAAUGGCCGUUAUUAAAAUGUCAAGUUCUGAGCUAUUCUGGGGAUUUCGAGGCGGCGGCGAAAGGGUUUGAGGAGAUAUUACAAAAAGACCCGAUUCGAGUCGAGGCGUUUCACGGGCUCGUGAUGACUUAUGAGGAUGCGGGCUAUAAAUUAAAGGACUUGGAGAAGAGAAUUGAGAGUGCAAUGCAGAAAUGCAAGAAAGAAAACAAGAAGUCUGAUUUAAGGGAUUUUAAGUUAUUGAUUGCUCAAAUUCGGGUAAUGGAGAGUAAGCAUUCAGAGGCCUUGAAGGUUUAUGAGGAGCUCGUGAAGGAAGAGCCGAGGGAUUUCAGGCCCUACUUGUGUCAAGGGAUUAUAUACACUUUGUUGAAGAAGAACGAUGAGGCCGAGAAACAGUUCGAGAAGUUUCGAAGGCUUGUUCCGAAGAAUCACCCUUAUAGAGAAUAUUUUGUUGAUAACAUGGUUGCCACAAAGCUUUUUGGGGAGAAGGUAGAAAGAGAGGGCGCGGGAUCGAGGAGUUGAGAGAAGUGGCUUGUUCUUGUUCAUCAUCUGAAAUGAAGACUACUGGUUUGUUAGUGAGGAUCUUUCUUUUAUAUUUUUGUUUCUUUGGGCACAUUAAGAGCUUGUUUAAAUUAAAUUGUAGGAAUUAGUGCAAAUCGUCCACAUUUUGAGCUCUGUGGAGAUAUUACGGACGAUAAUUAUUUAUAGUUUUUUUUUUUUUUUUUUUCAUGUAGAAACAGUUAAAUUGUUAGUGUUUUUGCUGUUCUCUUGUGGUGCUGUGUACGUUUACAGGUUUAAUGUAAUAAUAUUUAACUGGA